UGUGAGCAGUGGACAAAGAAGUGUGAGAGGCGCUUUAAAGAAAAGAGGUAUUGAAGCCUUAAGUGGCGUAGGUGCUAGAAUUAUUAAAGGAGGAAAAAAAAGAAGAGUUACUGCGCGAAACAAGAAGAAAAAAAUUAAUAAAAGGAAAAGUGGUUGCAAGAGAAAGAACAGCGAUGUGUUUGAUAUAAUUUAGUAAUGUGGAGGUGCGGUGGACACUCAUGAAAAAAAGGGGGGGGGAACAUUCUGACCUGCGCGCGCGCGUGGGCUUGCCAUUUUUUUUAGCGAGUGGUCUCUUAUCAAGUUAACACGUCGCCCGCUCCCGCGACCAGUGUCUCCAUUAGUAUAUAGCGGGCGACGAAAGCGACAACAGCAUGGCCUCCGCCGCUCCCUCCGUUCCGAUUUCUGAUUAUGCGCUCAGUGUGGUUGACGAAUUCCCUAGAAUCAACAGACAACGCCAGGUUGAGAGCUCUAUUGCGUCUAAAACUCUUGUCGACAUUUUACCUGUAAAUUUGUCCAGCCACGCCCGGUUAAAAGAUAAGUACCUAGAGUUCCGCGUGCCGGGGGUGAAGGGGGCAUUUAUCGAUCUUGCUAAAUUAAUUCUUGAGUUGAAAUUAAGUGUCACUCAAGCUGAUGGACAAACAAAAGUCGAGGAGGCUGUCAAUGUCGAAUUCUGCAAUGGCACUGCUAAUACCAUGUUCAAAUCAAUUCAGGUGUAUGUAGGCGAUCAAAUGGUUGAAAGUAACCCAUACUUUAAUUACUGGUCAUUCCUAAAAAUGCUCACCAGCUUCUCCACGUUAAAACUCAAAUCAUUCGGAGAAAUAGGAAACCUCCUCAAAGAUAACAGGUCGGGUGGAGCAGGCGUAGCUGAAACCUAUGACGCCGCAUACUUCACUAGCCUUGGGAGCAAAUACAAGAGACAUUUAAAAGAUAUCAAAGAUCACGGUCUUCAUCUCACCUUCCCAUUAAUGUCGGACAUUACUUCUUGUGAUCAGUAUUUAUGCGACGACAUCCCAUUGAGAAUAAGGCUUGAGUUAGCUAACGAAGCUUGGUAUUUGAACACUGACGGCGAUGGGAGUGCUGUGCGUGCCCAUAUUGAUUUUGCUAAACUUUGGGUCACCAGACUCCAACCCUAUCCGUCAGCAUUGCUUGCAUUAAAUAAAGAAUUAAAGACAGGAAAAAUAACGCGUACAAUAUUUAACAAGACGUUAUAUAAAUCUCUGGUUCUCGGCAAACAGCAGACAAGUAUUGUCUGUGACCAACCGUGGGGAAAUGUCAUUCCAGAGCGUUUAUAUAUCGUUAUGGCUGACAUGAGGGCCUUUUCGGGUGUAUAUAAUAAAAUGGCUUGUAUUUCAAGAAUGCUGAUUUGUCUGAACUAACAGUCUCUGUCAAUGGUAUGAAUAUGUAUAAAAAUACGGUUUCUUUUCCCCACGAGUGUACGCGAGUCUAUUAUGAUAUUUUAGAUAUUUUAGGAGUAGAAAAUGACACUUUGCUUGAUUACGAUAGCUUUAGGAAAGGAAGGACAGUGUUUGUUUUUAGUUUGUUACCGGAAGACAUACGAGGCACAGUGCCUCUUGAACACAGUGGAAACUUACGCAUAAGUCUUCAGCUUAAAAAAGGCUUGGAUGAAAAUUUAGUAAUUAUCUGUUUUGGGGAUACAAAGGGAGUGUUGUCAAUCAACUCGGAGAGGCACGUGUCUUGCGACACUAGAGCAUAAUGAAUAAUCAACAAAUUAUGAAAGCUCUACAAGGAAGACUUUAUCACAAUAAUAUAUAUUUCUUAGGCUGUCUUCCCGCUGACGAUGUAGCGAAAUUAAAUCUAAGGAGUGAGUCAGACAAGCCCAUUGUCUUUAUUGCUAAUGUGUUAGGCGCGUCGCAAGCUUCGAAAAUGGGUCACUGGGUGGUGUUCUAUGUUAGUGAUAAGUGUAUAUAUUUCUUCGACACAUACGCCCUGACCCCAUCAUUAUAUUCUAAGUACUUUCGAAGUUUCUUAAAUAAGCAUAAAGAUUAUCCUGUUUUUAAACUUGCCGCAAUAUUACAGUCGGACAAAACUCUGGUGUGGGGCGUGUAUUGCAUUCAAUUCGUAUACUUAUGUAAUAAAAUAGGCUUAGAGAGGACUAGUCAGUUUUUGAAAGAUAAUUAUGAUUUAGGAAAUUUUUUGAAGAAUGACAGAAAGGUGUUAACAUAUGCUUAUAGAAUGUUUAAAAUGCCCCCAUGUAUAAAAACAUUUUGUCAAUCUAGUCAAGGACUGACUUACAAGCAUUGUAUUUCUAAGAUAUGUGGCUAACUUAUUAAAUGUUACAUGAUAAUAAUGUGUGUGUGUGUGUGUGUGUGUAAAAAAUGUAGAGAAGUAGCAUGUAGCUUAUUCAUUUAUGGCGUGUGUGUGUGUGCAAUUAUAUGUAGUUAUUAAAAACAGGAUUCUGUUUUUUUUUUUUUUUUUCGUGCGACGUGACCGGGUGGGUGUGAGUUUGUUCACGCUUUCCUAUGUGUAAAAAAUGUAGAGAAGUAGCAUGUAGCUUAUUCAUUUAUGGCGUGUGUGUGUGUGUGUGCAAUUAUAUGUAGUUAUUAAGAACAGGAUUCUGUUUUUUUUUUUUCGUGCGACGUGACCGGGUGGGUGUGAGUUUGUUCACGCUUUCCUAUUGUUCGGAAGAAGAAUGGCUUGUGGUUUUGGGCAUGUGCGCGCGUGUUUGCAUACAUGUGUGGGCGUGUCCCCUAUAACCUGGGGUAGCCUCGGAAGAAGAAAAGGCUUGUGGUAGUGUGCGCAUAUGCCCCAAAUAACCCCGGGUAGCUUAGUCAGUCCCCUAACGUUGCGAGAGGAGCGUCAUGGAGGAAGUCUUCGCCGUCAUGAACUUACAACAACAACAACAGCCCCACGCUGCCGCUGCAACUCUUCAUGCUGACGAUGUUGACGAUCAGAUAAUGGGUCAAGCCGCAUUAGAAGUUGAAGCCAUGGAUAACACAUCCCAAGCUGAAGCCGUGGAUAACACAUCACAUCCCAGAAACGGAGCGGAUGUUGGUGGUGGUGAGGUGGGGGAUGUUCCAGAAACUCCCAAGUCUACCGGUGAACACAUCACGGGCGAGUCAUUGGGCAACAACAACAACAACAACCGCAGCGCGUUGGGAGGUGUCGGUAAAAUGGGGCGGCGUGUGCUGAGGGAAGGACUUCUGCGACUUCUGAAGGAUGUGAUACCUCCAUUACCAGUGUCUCAUCUGAAGAACAACCCACCGGUCAGCGUAACGCAUAUCCACGGCAACAACAACAGACACGCUUCGGUGAUGGUGUGUCUUGACUCUCCGUCGGGCGCUGAAUCGCGAGAGCGGCGAAGUCGUCUGCAGCAAAAAGAUCAUGAAAUGCGUCAGUCACCACUGGAAAAAAAUGCAGCAUAUGGCGGAAGUGUUGCGGCUGCUCCAGCAGCAGGGGCGUAGCGAGCAGCAGGAGACGCACCAGAGACGACAAGAUCGCGACCGGGGACAAGAACGGCGGCGAAGAAUGACAAAGAAUAAUUUGCCGAAGCAGCAAGAACACCGGGACCCAAGACUGUCUCAGAAGAGCCUCCACAAAGUUGGGAGAAAAAAACUUCAGGUGGCCAAACGUGAGGCGGGUCUCUUCUCCUCAGCAGCGGCGUACGGUCGGGGAAAACCAAUGAAAAAAAAUCUCUCUGUGACCAAGAAACUCGUCUUUGAAGACCCACCAGCGCGGCGUGCAACAACUGCGGCCGUUGAAGAAAAUCUCGCGCCACAACCGGGCCCUUCCAAUGCGGCUCGUGCGGACGAAACAAAUGAAAGCUUCUCAAGCACUGUCCUUCCUUCAGCUUUCAAUUCUUUGAAUUUUUCUCAUAGCAUGGAGGUGAAUAAUAUUAUAAAUGUUCUUGAUGAGAGUCCUAUUAUUUAGUACUUAACAAUCUUUUUUUUUUUUAUGUGUACUCGCUCUGUGUGUAUUAUUUUUUAUAUAUAUGUACUUGUGUUGUGUUUUUUUUUCAUUUUUUUUUAUGGCGAUUGUGUGUUUUUGUUUUUAGGCUUAGCAUGUAUUUAGUCUGGAUUAAGAAAGAACAAAUUAGCCUGGAUUAAGAAAGAACAAAUAAAACAGACUAGAUUAAGGUAAUAUAAUAGCUUGUCAUACCAUUUUUUUCCACUAUAUUUCAAUAAAAAUGUAUAAAAUCUA